CCACAGGAGCCAUCACAAGAAUUAAGCCCUGUACCCUCUACACACAUGGGUGUCACAGAGAAGCCUUGCGGCCUCAAGAAGAAAAGGAAGAUGAAACACCUGUCAUCAGUGUUGCCUGAGCACCAAGCAGCCUUCACCAGGCUGCUGGAGGAUCCCAUUGUCAAAAGAUUCCUGGCUUGGGACAUGAACCUCAGAGCUUCUGAUAAGUACCUCCUGGCCAUGGUCAUCACCUACUUUAGCCGGGCUGGCCUCUUUCCUUGGGAGUACAAGAGGAUCCACUUUUUCCUGGCUCUCUUCCUGGCCAAUGAGAUGGAGGAAGAUAGUCAACUACAGAAAUAUGACAUGUUCUUCUUUCUGUAUGGGAGGAACUUGGCCCAGAUUCCCAAAUUCCAAAAGCUGCGCUAUGAAUUCAUCUGUUGCAUGGGCUGGAACCUGAGGGUGACUCGAGAGGAGUGUGAAGAGAUCCAAGCUUAUGAUCCUGGGUUCUGGGUAUGGAGAAGAGAUCGUAAACUCAUUCUGGGAACACUGGAGCCCUGAGGACACUGGUGUCAAAAAGGUAUGCGUGUGUCCCCAGGGUUGAGACAGCACCACUGCCUUCUAUCUUGAAAAUGCAGAGAACCCAGGCACUGCCCUCCUCUCAUGAUCCUCCUGCCCUAUCCACUGUCUGCACAUCAGGAACAGCUCAGCCUCAGGCACAGGUUUAGCCUCCCUUUCUCUCCUCCACAGCCACCAAGGUGACAGGUACACAGAAGCGACC